AUGGACAACUACUGCAAGAAAGUCUGCAAGCUAGAGAACAAGUUCUCAGGCCUUGAGUUUCACCAUGUCGUCCACGACAAUAACGUAGCUGCUGAUGUGUUAUCAAAAAUGGGCUCAACCCGUGCAGAAAUUCCAGCAAGCAUUUUUGUACAUGAGCUUCGCAAGCCUUCCAUACCAGAACAAGCUACUCCAGCAACUACCAAUACAAAACCUCCAGAACCCAACCGAGAGAUCAUGAUGAUCGAAGUUGACUGGAGAUCACCGUUCAUCGACUAUAUCAAAGAACAAAAGCUACCCUCCGACAAGGACCAAGCUGAACAAGUCUCGUGA